UCCUCGCUCUUCUCCGCGAGCAGGCACAGAGCCGUGGACAGCUUCAGCGGCGAAAUUCUCUCCAAAUCCGUCAGGCACGGCCGUAAUCGAUCGGAGACGCUUGAUACUCCGCCGGACUCUCCGACGGAGCCAUCCUCUUCCGCUGAAUCCGUCCACAAGUGGUUCUCCAACAUCGUCAAACAACCCCCCAACGCGGAUGACGAUUCAUCUCAAUUGCGACUCUCCAUCAGCUCCGAACAACCGCCUCAGCUUCUUCCGCCGAGGCAGUCGACGCACCGGAGGUCCAGAUUCCAUAACGACGCCUCUGCGACCCAGGCACAGGUGAUUCCCGCUCCUCCUCGGCGCUUUCGAGCCCCAGUGCCGUCGCAGGACACGCAGCUGCUGUCUCCGCCGGAGAACUUGGUCGAGUCUGCUCACCGGAGGUCGAUUUCUUCCUCGACGUGCUCUGCGCUGGAUGAUCGGGUCCUUUCGCCUCCAAGGAGCCUAGUGGAGUCGGCUCACCGGAGGUCAGUGUCAUCGUCCACUUGUUCCCUCGAUAAGAUCGCGCCAAAGGUGACCAGUAACGGGUGGUUGAAGGAAGGCAAUGGAGCGAGGGAAGUUGGGGUUAAUGGAUUUCUCAAAGAGCAGAGAAGCAAGAUUGGGAAGAUCUUGAGUGGCGAGCUCAAUGCCAGGGCGAAGAUUGUUCUCUCAGGACCUUCAAACAGUACAAGUUCUAUGAUAGCUGCAAUAUGUUCUGCAUGGCUGUUGGAGAGUAGGAUGAACAAGAACAAGGGAGAAGGCAAUGGAGGAGGGUCCAUUGCGGUGCCCGUGAUGAACGUCAGGAGAGCGAGGAUGUGGAAGCAACGCCAGGCUGCUUGGCUCUUUCACCAUGUUGGUCUUGAUGCCACCUCCUUACUAUUUGCCGAUGAGGUGGAUUUGGAAAGUCUAAUGAUGGCUGGAAAAUUAAGCAUUCUUGUGGUUGGGCAAGAUGUCCUCAAAACAAAUGGUGAGGUUGGAUCUCAAUGCACAGUUCUUACAGAUAAUUACUGUGAAGAAGCUUAUGAUCUGCUCGAAACUAAAGUGCUCAACAGACUUUUGCUGGCGGGAGUACUGCUAGACACUCAAAACCUAACUGCAACUGGUAAAUUGUCUACCGCAAGAGAUGCUGAAGCUGUACAGCUGCUAUUAGUUGGGUCAGCCCCCAGUUACAGAACUACUCUCUUUGAUCAACUGAUGCAGGAUCCACAAGAUGACACCUUUACUGAGGCCUUGCAGCAAAAUUAUGGGAAGCCUCCAAAUGACAGUGGUUCCAUUGCUGGAUCUAGGAUGGACCAAAGGGUUCCUGAAAGAAAGUCUACCUCUGUCCAUUCCAAAGAAAGCAUUAAGAAAGGUCCCGAGACAAAUCAGCAUGAUACUAAAACUGCAAAAACCGACAGGGUUUCCCCAAAACCAGAUAAGCAAAGUUCAAAUCCUGUACAACCUCCAAAAAAAGAAUCCGAUGCUGGUCGAGGAAAGAAUACGUUCUUCCUGGCCAGGUGGUUUGGUUUUGGUUCAAAAUGAAGACUGAAUACUGGGAUGGCCUGUGAAGUACUCUGACUGAAUUGGAACCCAAGAUCGAUCUCCCAGAUUGCUGAUGAGCAAAAUGGGGAAUAAAGUUGGUCCCUCCAACAUAUUCCAUUAUUCUUGCUUUAGGUGUCAUUAUGGCAUGAAAGCGUACUUACAUAAGCGAUUGAAGCAGUGGUAAAGGAGUUUUUUCGCAGACUAAAGAUUGCUGUGGUAUGCCAUCAUCUGUAACAUCAGUUAUUCCUCCUAUUGUAGCGAUUUUCAGUUUGCCACUGGAAA